ACCGUUGCAGCCUUGCAGGGCCAGGUCCCAGGCGAGAGCUCCGGACCCGACCGUUGGAGCUCGAUCCCUCCCCGGGAUUUCAAACCCCCGUCUACGCAUCCGCCGUCCGUCCCCGUCCCCGCUCUGAUCGGACGGCCACGGGGCGUUCCCCCAGUUCCCACCACGUCGUCCCCAAGCUGCCCUACUGUUUACCACUCGCUUUACAAGAGACGAACGCCUUCUUCCUCUGCAUCCCUCCCAGAUCAAGAGACCCCUGCCCCCGUCGAGCCCGGAGAUUUCGCGAAAUUCGAGGGCGUUUCGUCCUCGGUGUUGAGAAAUUCUUCGAUCCGGUGCGCCGGUUCGAGCAUCUCGCCGGGAAUUGGAGGAGGAUUUCCGAGGGAGCCGGAGCAAACCCGUUUCUUGGAUCUUUUGUCUUGAGGAACGGGGGGGCGUUGGCUUCGAUGCUGAGGCUGAGCGACGGCUUGUGAUAUUCGGAUCUGGUGUGAGGAGGAAGAUGCCGGUCGCGACGCGGUCGCGGGUCACGGCUGCCUGCGGAGGCGGCGGCGAGGGCUCCCAGGCGUGGGGCUCGGCGUCGGCGGCGCCGGCUCCGCGCGAUGGCGUCGCGAGCCACCACCACGGGCUCAAGGAGAAGAUGCGCGCGCUCACGCUGCUCUACGAGCAGCACAAGCAGCAGGUCGCCGCGUCGCAGGCCGGAGGGGUCGCCGCGCGGCAGCACCGCCGCAGCAUCCGGUCCCUCAGCGCGGCGGAGGUCGUCAACGACGAAAACGCCAAGAACGCCGAGGAGGAGCAGGGCGGCGAGGUGGCAAUGCGCCACCACAACGCCUUCGCUCUGGUCCCCGAGGCCGUGGUGCUGAGGGAGAACGUGGCGCCUCCGCAGCCAAGAGCGCGGUCCAAGGACAGCCACGUCGUCGUGUUCGCGCGGCCGGCGGAACCGCAGGAGAAGGAGAACGUGGUGGGCCACGCCGGCAACGCCAUGUCCUGCCCCAUCAAGAAGGCGGUUCCGGCGCUCCCGGUGCUCCCGGCGCCGCCGGCAAGGAAGCUCUCGCUGGGAGGCGCCGUGGGCGGGAAGCUCAAGGCCGCAGCGGAGAUCGGGGCUGGCACUGCCGAGGCGGCGGAGAACCGAAUCCUCGUGUUCGUGAGGCUGCGCCCGAUGUCGAGGAAGGAGAAGGAGGCCGGGUCGAGGAGUUGCGUCAAGAUCGUCAACAAAAAGGAAGUGUAUCUCACGGAGUACGCCUCCGAGAAUGACUACCUCAGGCUGAAGCGCGUGCGCGGCCGCCAUUUCUGCUUCGACUCCGCCUUCCCUGAUUCGACGACGCAGGCAGAAAUCUACAGCACCUCAACAGCAAACCUUGUGGAGGGUGUUCUGCAAGGUAGGAAUGGGACAGUGUUCUGCUAUGGUGCUACAGGGGCCGGCAAGACCUACACCAUGCUUGGGACAAUGGAAAACCCUGGCGUAAUGGUGCUUGCAAUAAAGGAUCUGUUCUCCAAGGUGAGGCAGAGGAGCUAUGACGGCAACCACUCAAUUCAGCUGUCGUACCUUGAGAUAUACAAUGAGACGGUGAGGGACUUGCUGUCUCCUGGUAGACCCCUCCACUUGAGAGAAGAUAAGCAGGGAACUGUUGCUGCUGGUCUUACUCAAUAUAGAGCAUAUUCCACAGACGAGGUUAUGAAAUUACUUCAGCAAGGUAACAAGAAUCGAACAACUGAACCAACUCGAGUAAACGAGACCUCAUCACGCUCCCAUGCGAUACUGCAGGUUAUUGUAGAAUAUAGAUUCAUGGAUGGAGUUAACAUAGUAACACGAGUUGGAAAAUUAUCUCUCAUAGACCUUGCUGGAUCUGAAAGAGCUCUGGCAACUGACCAACGUACACAGAGGUCGAUCGAAGGAGCAAACAUUAAUCGCUCUCUUCUUGCACUCAGCAACUGCAUCAAUGCCCUUGUGGAGGGGAAGAAGCACAUACCAUAUCGCAAUUCCAAGCUGACACAACUCCUGAAGGACUCACUUGGAGGAUCCUGCAAUACUGUGAUGAUUGCCAAUAUUAGCCCCUCCAACCUUACCUUCGGUGAGACACAGAACACGCUUCAUUGGGCUGAUCGUGCCAAGGAGAUAAAAACAAAGGCACUUACCACUGCGAAUGAAGAGGUUCUGAAUGUACCAGAUUCUGAAACUGAUCAAGCGAAGCUAUUACUGGAGCUGCAGAAGGAAAAUAGUGUCUUGAGGGAGCAGCUGGUAAAGCAGCAACAGAAGCUACUGACAGUUCAGGCUCAGUCACUUGCUUCAAACACAUCGCCACAGCAAUCUCCAGUUCCCUCGUCUCACGUUUCAACUCCAUGCUCAACUCAAAGAAAGGUCAAGCGAUCUAUCUUGGCUGGGAACUGCUUCAACACACCAGAUUCAAAGAGGCCCGCAGCCGACAACACAAAGGUUGGGGAGCUCCAGAGGAAAGUGAAGACAUUGGAGGCCGAGAUCGAGAAGAUGAAAAAGGAGCACAUACUGCAGCUCAAGCAAAAGGACGAGUUCAUCCGUGACCUGAUCAACAGGAAGGCUUCCAACUACUGUGAAGAGGCAACAGGUGACAGAAGAGUCGUCACGAGGGCAAGCCUGCGAAAGGUGCAGAAAGAUGCAUCAGCUGCAGGUGAACUGAAAAGCCCGAGCCACCGGUUCACAUCGCCAGCCCCAACAGCGAAGAAGCGUACUUUCUGGGACAUUGGAGGCAACAGCCCUUCAGUUCUUGCUGCCAAUGGAAGAAAGACUCGAAGCCAUGUUGCUACAGAGACACCUAAGAAAGGUCCUUCCAUGCUGCGUCAGCCGGGAUUUGCACGGCAAAGAGCAAUCCAUUGAGGCAUUUAAGAUGCACAGGAGGAGACUGCCUCCAGAGGAUAGAGGUGUUCAUAGUAUUUAAUUUUAGCCUACCAUUUUCAGCUUUGUUAAUUGGGGUUUAGUUGAAAUUCAUUAUCCUAAUUUGAUUUCAGUUUGCCUGAGCAAAUUGAACCAGCGCAAUGUUUUUUUCUUUUUUGAAAAGAAAAUGUUUUUCUUCUUAGUUUUUUUAAUCCAUUGGAGCCACUGGAACUGUAAAACAUUUGUUCAGGAGAGAUAGAUGAGAUGAUACUUAAAUUAACUUGAGACACAGUUUUCGUUGGCUUCUA